AUGAUGGACCCCAAGCAGGAUGCAUGCGCUGCUCAGAGCAGCCCUGGCGACGCCCCGUUGCAGCAGCAUCACGAGCAGCAGCAGCAACAGCAACAGCAGCAGCAGCAGCAGCAGCAGCAGCAGCAGCAGCAGCAGCAACUACCAUCCGCGGAGCAGCAGCAGCAGCAGCAGCAGCAGCAGCAAAAGCACCACCAGCAGCAGCAACAGCAAGACUUCUAA